AGUGAUGGCAACAUUAAGACGGUUAUCUACGUUAUUUCGAUGCCUAAUGCACUUCAAGAAGGUACACCAUGCCCAAACUGCGGCUAGAUCGCACCCCUCAUGCACCCGGGGACUGCAUGCCAAGACAAUGGGUAAGGAUAACCACGCUCCAGGGCAACACUCAACCAGAAGGAUGUCCAGCGCCCCUCCUGGAGUCCCCACGGCAGACAACUCUCGCUAUGAAUAUCUUCUUGUCACUCUCCAUGAAGGCGUCAGGACUAUCACUUUCAACAGGCCUGACAAGAAGAAUUCUCUUAAUGAAAAGAUGUUUGAUGAAAUUGUUGUUGCCUUACAAGAGGCUGCUGACGAUGUCAGUACCAUUAUCACAACGAUAACAGGUUCUGGGAACGUGUUCACGGCAGGGAACGAUAUGAGCAAUUUUCGGACCCUGACUAUGGCUCAGACAAGGGACGUCCUCAUUAGAUUCAUGGGGGCGUUCGUCGAUUUUCCAAAACCUCUGGUGGCCGUAGUCAAUGGAGCGGCUGUCGGCGCAGGCGCUACAUUACUCCCACUUUUCGAUGCUGUUUAUGCUACUGAUAAAGCAGUCUUUUUCACACCCUUCUCUGCACUGGGCAUUACUGCUGAAGGCUGCUCUACAUAUACCUUCCCAAAGGUUAUGGGUCCAGGGCAAACUACAGAAAUGCUGUUGUUUAACAAAAAGAUGUCAGCUGCAGAAGCAUGCAAGGUAGGCCUAGUGACUGAAGUCUUCCCAGAGGCGACAUUUCAGCAAGAAGUGCAUCAGAGAUUACAAGCCAUGGCCAAACUGCCACCGAAGCCCCUUGUGUAUUCGAAGGCAUUGAUUCGUGAUAUACACAAGGAGGAUUUACACAAGGUGAAUGUUGCCGAAUGUCAACGCGUUACAGAGCGUUUCGCAGCCGUGUACUUGCCUGGCAAAGAAGAAUAUCAAGAAUUUGUUAUGAGCGAUUGCGAUGGAAAAGCUUAACAAGAGACAGGAUAUCGCGUUUGUAAGAAGUGAGAAGAGAGAUGGUACAUAUAACAUUAGAAGAUACGUAUUUUAAAGGAGACAAGGCAUAACGUUUGUGAAUUAGGAAUUAAUAUGAAAGAAGUAUUACAUAUAUCAAGGGCAAGACGUGUGGUAUAAGGAACUGAUUUGACAGAAAUAAGAAGUUAUUUGGGGGUAAUUUUGAUGAGGCCAAUACCUGAUUUGUAAAUACAAUGUCAGAGGUUAUAGAAUUAUCAUCUAUUUCCUAGAAUACAUUUCUUUGGUGAUUGUAUCCACGUGAUUUACAAGUUUUUUCAUGUUCUGCUGAACAAAAUCUUACUUUUCUGAAGUGAUAAUGAUGAACGC